AUGAAGAUCGAAAGCGGUGCCUUGCCGUACGUGAAGAUGGAGAGUUUUGGUAAGCAGAUGACUUUUGACGACUUCUGUAAGUUCUACUCAGCCCUGGACAUCUGCUGUCUGUUUCCGGACUUCCUGGAUGGAAGUUCUACUUGUCACUGGAAGAAGUCCUUCUACGAGGGCCGCUGGGUGGCGGGCAUCACUGCAGGCGGCUGCAUGAACAACACAGCUGUUCAAGGGAAGUUUCCAGCCGAGUUCUUCCGCACUAACAAAGCAGUGGCUCAUACCAAAGCCUACAUGGACGCCCGGGAGGUGAUGGAGUUUGUGGCGCUGAUGCCUGGGGAAUACCUCAUCGUUCCAGCCACCUUCAACCCCAACGAGACAGCUUCUUUCUUGAUCACCAUCAUCUCCAAGUCUGAAACACACGUCCAUGAGAGCUCCAGUCGCAACAACUACCAUCAUGUGGAGGUAGAAAAGUACGAGGAGGUGGAUGCAGAGCAGCUCAAGAUGCUGCUGAAUGAAAACAUCCUCAAAGGGGACUUGAAAUCCGGGGGCUUCUCUGUGGACGCCUGCCGCAGCAUGGUCGCGCUCAUGGACGUAUCCUUUCCAAAAAUCUCUCUGAAUUAA